AUGUUUCCAGAAAUGCAGGGCCUAAAAACCCAGAAACUGGCUGGAAAGCUGCUGAUUUUCCUCGGGCAUAUUCGUGUGGUCUCGACUGAAGCUCAGCAAGUGUCUCUGGAACGAUGGGGGUACACUCAAAGCCAAUGA